CAUCCUCCUCCCGCUUCCCAGAAAUAUUCGAAAUAUAAACCCUUGAAUAACUGAAGCCCAUUGUUCGUCUCUCCCAAUCCGCAGACUCCCAAGCCCUUUCUCUCUCUCUCUCGAUCGAGAUCGCGACGCGCCUCGCCGACCGGAACCCUAGGUCGUCUCUCGCCUUUGAUUUGUAGCCGGAGAGGAACCGCAGCGUCGACGCUCUGUCGCCGCCCGAGUUUGAGCAAUGGCGAUGGAGAUCACUCAGGUCCUAUUAUCUGCCCAAUCUCCUGAUGGAAAGAUUCGAAGUGCUGCAGAGGAGGCACUUAAGCAACUACAGGAACAAAAUCUUCCCUUAUUCCUACUCUCCUUGUCUGCUGAGUUAUCAAAUGACCAAAAGCCCCCUGAAUCUCGAAGGCUUGCUGGUAUUGUCCUCAAGAAUUCCUUGGAUGCCAAGGAGUCUGCUAGGAAGGAAGAGCUGACCCAACGAUGGGUCCAUAUUGAUCCUUCAGUAAAAGCCCAGAUCAAAGAAUCACUUUUGAAAACCCUUGGAUCAUCUGUGGGUGAGGCAAGGCAUACCUCAUCACAAGUCAUAGCAAAGAUAGCAUCAAUUGAGAUCCCCCGGCGGGAAUGGCUGGAAGUGAUUUCACUGUUGCUGUCCAACAUGUCUCAACAAGGGCCUCCUGCCUUGCAGCAAGCAACUCUAGAGACACUUGGGUAUGUCUGUGAGGAAAUAUCUCCUCAGGACUUGGAACAGGACCAGGUCAAUGCUAUUCUCACUGCUGUGGCACAUGGUAUGACCCAGGCAAAUCAGAACUCAGAAGUUCGCCUUGCUGCUGUUAGAGCUCUGUACAAUGCUCUUGAUUUUGCACAGACUAAUUUCGAGAAUGAAAUGGAGAGGACUUUUAUCAUGAAGGUUGUCUGUGAGACUGCUGUGUCAAAUGAGCUGGAGAUCAGGAAGGCAGCUUUUGAAUGCCUGGUUUCGAUUUCUUCAAUGUACUAUGAAAUCUUGGAGCCUUACAUGGAAGCUCUUUUCACCUUGACAGCAAAUGCUGUGAAGGGAGAUGAGGAACCUGUUGCGCUUCAAGCUAUUGAGUUCUGGAGCUCAAUUUGUGAUGAAGAAAUUCAAAUCCAAGAAGAGUAUGAAGAAGCUGGGACUGCAAGUUCAGGAUCUCCACACUCUCAUUUUGUAGAAAAGGCGCUUCUUAUGUUAGUUCCUAUGUUGCUUGAGACCUUGUUGAAGCAAGAGGAGGAUCAGGAUCAAGAUGAUGAAACGUGGAAUUUGUCCAUGGCUGGCGGGACUUGCCUUGGUCUUGUUGCAAAGACCGUUGGAGAUGCAAUUGUGCCCCUUGUGAUGCCUUUUGUGCAGGAAAACAUCAUGAAGGAAGACUGGCAUUGCCGUGAGGCUGCAACUUUUGCAUUUGGCUCUAUUCUAGAAGGACCUUCUGUUGAAAAGCUUGCACCAUUGGUCCAAGGUGGUUUAGAGUUCUUAUUGAAUGCGAUGAAAGAUCAGAAUAGCCAUGUGAAGGAUACUACAGCCUGGACUUUAGGUAGGAUAUUUGAGGUUCUGCAUUCUCCGGCAACUGCACAAUCAGUGAUUACUGCUACUACUCUCCCUCGCAUCAUGUCUGUUCUGCUGGAAAGUAUCAAAGAUGCUCCUAAUGUUGCUAUGAAAGUCUGUGGUGCCAUUUAUUUUCUUGCUCACGGUUAUGAAGAUGCUGAACCAGACUCAUCCAUUCUUACUCCUUACCUCGGUGAAGUUAUCAAAGCACUUCUACUAUCAGCUGAUCGGUCAGAUACCGGCAAUUCUAGGCUUAGGGCUUCAGCCUAUGAGACCCUGAAUGAGAUUGUUAGAUGCAGCAGGUUACCUGAGACUUCAAAUAUCUUGUGUCAGCUGCUACAAGAGAUCAUGAAAAGAUUAGGACAAACUAUGGAACUUCAAGUCUUUUCAUCGGAUGAUAGGGAGAAACAAGGAGAGCUGCAAGCCCUGCUUUGUGGUGUUCUUCAAGUAUUAGUUCAGAAGCUGAGUUCAUGUGAUGAGACGAGAUUCAUAAUUCAACAAGCUGCUGAUGGGAUGAUGGUCUUAUUUCUUAAAGUUUUUGCUUGUCGCAGUUCUACAGUUCAUGAAGAAGCAAUGCUUGCCAUUGGAGCUCUUGCUUAUGCUACAGGUCCCGAGUUUGCCAAGUACAUGCCAGAAUUCUACAAGUAUUUAGACAUGGGAUUGCAGAACUUUGAGGAGUACCAGGUCUGCUCUAUCUCUGUUGGCGUGGUUGGAGACAUCUGCCGUGCCUUGGAUGAUAAAAUCCUUCCUUUCUGUGAUGCUAUCAUGACUCAUCUUCUCAAGGACCUCUCGAAUUCAAUGCUUCAUCGGUCUGUCAAACCUCCUAUUUUCUCAUGCUUCGGAGACAUUGCCCUUGCCAUUGGAGAGCAUUUUGAGAAGUAUCUAUCUUAUGCUAUGCCAAUGCUGCAAGGUGCCUCAGAGCUCUGCUCUCGAUUGGAGACUGCUGAUGAAGAUAUGAUAGAGUAUGGAAAUCAACUGAGACAUGGCAUAUUCGAGGCCUACUCAGGUAUACUUCAAGGGUUCAAAAGUUCAAAGGCAGAACUCAUGAUGCCCACUGGAGGUCAUCUUCUGCAGUUCAUAGAGGCUGUUUUCAGGGACAAGAACAGGGACGAAGGAGUCACAAAAGCUGCAGUUGCUGUGAUGGGGGACCUUGCAGACACACUUGGUCCAAACACCAAGCUUUUGUUCAAGGACUGCACUUUCCACAUUGAUUUCUUGGGGGAGUGUUUCCAAUCAGAUAAUGACCAGUUGAAGGAAACUGCAACUUGGACACAGGGAAUGCUUGGACGGGUGGUUUCAUGAACAAUUGAAUGAAUGAAUGCGCAUUUUCUUCACCAUAUGGAUUUGUUUGCAGUAAUUUGUGGCAAUGUUUACCCUGUUCUUAUAGGUCUUUUGUUGUGUAUUAUAGGGAUAUGAAGCAUCUUUGAUAUCCCUCUUAUGUUGUCCUGUCUUUUUAGGAAAACAGUUAACCAAUUUGUGUCUUGAACUCUACUAGCUAAUGAAUCCACUAAGUUUGUGGUUCUUUUGGUUC